AUGGAAAAAGGGGCGCAGGGGGAAACCCCCCGAGAGCAGCAGCGCCUCCUGCAUCCCACGGCUUGGCAGGGCACUCCCUGCAUGGACCACCUUCUCCUGCACCCUCUACCAGGGCAGGGGGGCAGGGACCCACACCUCCUGCUCUUCCCGCCUAAGCAGGGCCCCCAGCACCAUCUCUUGCACCCCCUGUCCCCCAAGCAAAAUGCCUCUCGCAGGGAGCAGAAGCUGCCUCAGCCUGGGGAAGGCGCCUCUUGUCAGCAGCACCUUUUGGAGGUCCAGGAUUGCCUUGACAGGCGGCUCUCCCGGACUGUCAUUGGGUUGGAACUUGGGGGUUGUGAAAAGCAGGAGGAGGAAGAAGAGGAAAACGCUCCACACAUGGUGUUGCAUGCGAAAGCUGAGGAGCAGGAGAGCCAGUCCCUCUUGACAGGCAGCAGCAACAAGAAAAAGAGAUGGGAGCACAAAGCUGCUGCAAACCGAGGAGGGAAGGACGAGGGCAGCGGCAAUAUGAAGGGAGGAGGGGAAAUCCAAGUGGGGAUAGUAGAAGAGCCAGAGACGACAAAGAAAGAGACCAAGGUGAAAGAAAAUUGUGAUGCCAAAGCCUUGGGAUCUGGAAAAGAAAGGACUAUCAAAACUGAACUGGUGGAGCCUCCUGAGGAGGACUGCAAGGGGAGGGAAGAGGUAGCAUCCAAGCCUCGUCCAUCUUCCAAUGACCCAGCUCAUGUCAACAAAGAUGCUAGUUUGUCUCAGCCUCUUGGGGUGCAGCAUCCCCAAGAACUGAAGAUUCCUGUUACACUUCAUCCAGUCCCUCCUGGGGCUAGAAUCCAGUUUCAGGGGCCACCUCCAUCUGAGCUCAUAAGAGUGACUAAAGUACCAAUGGCACAAGUACCCCUUAAAAUGCAGUCCUUGCUCGAGCCUUCAGUGAAAAUUGAAACUAAAGAUGUGCCUCUCACAGUGUUACCCUCAGAUGCAGGGAUACCAGAUACUCCAUUUAGCAAAGAUAGAGAUGGCCAUGUCAAGCGUCCUAUGAAUGCAUUCAUGGUGUGGGCAAGAAUUCACCGACCAGCCUUAGCCAAAGCUAAUCCUGCUGCCAACAAUGCAGAAAUAAGUGUUCAGCUUGGAUUGGAGUGGAACAAACUAUCAGAAGAGCAAAAGAAACCUUAUUAUGAUGAGGCUCAGAAGAUUAAAGAAAAACACAGAGAAGAAUUUCCUGGUUGGGUUUACCAGCCACGGCCUGGCAAAAGGAAGCGGUUUCCAUUGACAGUCUCCACUGUAUUCUCUGGCGCUACUCAGAAUAUCAUUGCUACAAGCCCAAUGACAGCCUCCACUGUCUUUACCGGGACAACUCAGAAUAUUAUUACUACGAAUCCAACUACCAUUUACCCUUUCCGAUCACCUACCUACUCUGUGGUCAUACCCAAUGUACAGAACAGCAUUGGACACCCAGUCUGUGAAGCCCCUUCUACUAUCCAGUUGCCAGCUCCUUCUGCUCAGCAUCCAGUCCCUAUUACGCUGUUCCAGUCAAAUGUAGGAAGCACAACCCCACAGGCUACCCAAGCUACAAACCUGCCACUUCACCCAGUGCUUCAACCUCAGCGUUUUGCUACACCUUCACCAACGGAAGCUCACCGUGUAUCUUCAGGAACAAAUUGCUCUAUAAAGAGACCCACGCAGAUUUCCAUUGAGAACACAAGCAGGAACACAAAUAAUACAAGUGCCACGUCUUCCAGAUACAGUGUCUCAAACAGUCAGCUCCCUAAGGAGUACUCAGGUGUUUCUUCUUGUUCUAGAAAUGGACCUAUUCCUCAAGCACCUCCCAUCCCUCAUCCACACGUCUAUCAACCUCCUCCCAUUGGUCAUCCAGCCACUCUAUUUGGAGCACCCCCUCGAUUUUCAUUUCAUCAUCCUUACUUUUUACCUGGACCCCAUUAUUUCCCAUCAAGCACAUGUCCAUACAGCCGUCCUCCGUUUGGCUAUGGGAACUUCCCCAGCUCCAUGCCCGAAUGCCUCGGCUUUUAUGAAGACCAGUACCAAAAGCAUGAGGCAAUGUUUUCUGCUCUGAACAGAGACUAUCCUUUUAGAGAGUACCCUGAUGAACACACGCAUAGUGAAGAUUCCCGUAGCUGUGAGAGCUUGGAAGGGACAUCCUAUUACAGCAGCCACAGUCAGACUGAAGAAGAAUACUUAAACCCUAUGCCGCAGCUGGACAUUGGGGCCCUUGAGAAUGUUUUCACAGCAACCCCAUCCACACCCUCUAGUGUACAGCAAGUCAAUGUGACUGAUAGUGAUGAUGAGGAAGAAGGAAAGGUGUUGAGAGAUUUGUAAUUUUUUAAAACCAAAUGGUAGUAUCUUAGCAUACUUCUUUAAAAACAUGAAAUAAAACAUGUUGGUCAUAUAACACCAUUUAGUGAGUGUGGU